AUGAAAGAACAAGCUGAAAGACAUACACCAAGAUUAAUGCUAACAUCCAGUUCUUUAAUGGAGGAGCAAUCAAUGGUUGUGGAAUCUGAAGUGGGGAGCAUUUGCACUGGCUCAUUUUAUACAGCAUCCGGUGCUGGUGGCACAGAAGAAAAUGGUAGUUGCUCCCGUGGAUUAUCUGGUGGUGGAAGUUGUGGAGGCUGGUCAUCAGGUACUGGUGGAGAAAAUACAGGGACUAAAGGUGUUGGUGGUGAUCCUAUAAAUGGUGGAAAAUCUUCCCCCGGUGGUGGUGGUGAUAAUAUCGGUAGAAAAGGUGUUGGUGUGAGCUCAUCAGCUGGUGUACUUGGUGGGGAAAAUAUUGGGGAUGGUGUCAACUCAUUAUCUGGUGAUGGGAUAUCUGGUUCUGUUGGUGGGUCAAAUAUUGGAACUAAUGGUGGUGUUGGUGUAAACUCAUCAUCUGGUGGUAUGUCUGGUUGGUCUGUUGGUGGAUCAAAUAUUGGGACUAGUGGUGGUGGAGGUGUGAAUUCAGGUGGAGGUAAUAGCCAUGGAUUUAUUGGCGAUGGUGUCACUUCAGGUGGUGUUGGUAAAGGGACCAGGGAAGGUAGUGGGAAUUCUAAUGGUACUGGAGGAGGAGAGGGUGGUGGUGAUGGAUGGGGAGGGGGAGGUGGAGGAGGUGGUGGUGGUGGGGAAGAGAGCGGUGGUGACGGUGGUGGUGGGGAUGUAGCAAUGGUUGUGGUGAUGAGCGGUGGUGACAAUGGUGGCGGUGACGAGGGUGGUGGGGAUGUAGCAACUGGUGGUGGUGAUGGACUACGGCAGGUGGUGAUGGUACUAAAGGAGGUUGCACAGCUGGUGAUGGAGAUAGAACAAGUGGAGGAGGAGAAGGCACUUGAGGAGGCAAUGGUGGAGUUCUCCUUCUAG